UUUGGCCCACCGCCGCACCAGGGCGGACCUCCUCACCAUGGCGGCCACAGACCACAUCAUCCACCACUUCCCCCAUUCUUCGCCAACUUGACUGAUGAAGCUUUCAAACAAUUUUUCAGGAUUGUCAAAGACCGCAAUCUUACAAAAGCAGAACGAGAAAGCAAGCUGCGUAAAUGGGCUGCAGAUCAGGGAGAAGAAUUUGCAGAGAAGCAGUUUGUAUUUCAGAAACAGUUUGAUAAAAUGAGGAAAGGUCACGAGGAGCUUGAAGCUAAAGUCCAAAAGUUAGCAAAAGAAAUCCUCCAAAAUGUUACUGAUUUGAUAACUCAAAUAAGUGACAUAAAAAAUAAUACACAACUUAAAAUGGAUGAGGAGAAGGAACAGAUCAGAUCACUACUGUACAGUUAUCCAAGACCCUUAGUCAAAAUUAUGAAAUUGGCGAUACAUGCAGCCAUUAAAAGUACUGUGUCUUUCCAACCACAAGAACCAUUGUCAACCAAACCCUUCCCAACAGUAACGGAUUUUACAACGAUGUUUUAA